AUGGCCAGGGACAUGGAGUUGGGCAGCACCAGCCGACGCAGCGGCGCCAAUGAGGCAACGCGAGGAGAGCUGACAGGGUCGUGGUAUGCUCGUGGUGCUGCGGGUCGGUCGUACCCCCGGGGGCUGGCGGUGGUUGGAACUCCGGUGGGUUCGUCCGGCGUGAGGUCCCAGCUCUACACCUCGGCGUUGUUAGUGGGUCUUUCGGUGUCGUGCAAGGCGCCGAGUUUGUGGGUGACGGGCAGGACCAUUGUUAAUGCGGUACAUUUCGCCUGGUGGGAAGGGUGA